AUGGAUUUGUUACUUGAGGAGAAGGGGAAGGUGAAGUUGGCGACGGAGAACUUGGCGACGGUGAAUUUGGCAACGGCUGUGGUAAACCUUCUCUCUUUCGUUCGUUUCCUCAAGAAUUUUCUUUUAGAUCUUUCGCUUUUUCUGAUGGGCAGAGCUAUAGAUGAUGUUGCUUCAUCUGUUACUGAGCGAGAUAUAGAGAUGCUCAAAGUUUUAGGGGGUUUCCCUGAAAGGCCAAGGCUCCCUCCCCCCUUGAUAGAAGGCACAAUCGCUUCUGACUCUCUAUGGAAGACUAGGUAUUUCUUCGUAGUGAAGGAUUCGCUGGGCGAAGCUGGGAACCAUCUAGUUGGGGGUUGGUCUAAUAAAGGUCUUGGCCCCGUUAUCUCCCAGAUCCCUGAACAAGCUGAGAGAUUACCUGAACUGCUCAAGUUUCCUGUUGAGGAACGCACCUUCGCAGCUCCUACCGAGGUUCUACCCUUAGAUUCCAGAGCAUCUUCUCGCACUAACUCGAUGUCGACAGCUCCAGCCAGAUCCAGUAACUUGUCCGACGAGGACGCAAUGGACAGGCUCAAGAAUAGAAAGAGAUCAGCUGCUUCUUCUGGGCAGUCUCAGAUUGAAAGAGUUCCUCGCAAGAACCUACGCUCAUCCUCCAUCCCAACCACCAUUGACAUCACGACUGAUUCUCCUAGGGAUGAGGUCCUUGUGAGCUUUCCUGCUGACUUUCUAGCUGAAGAAGGUCUAGAAGGUGGGAUCUGGCCUGCAGCUGACAAGCUCGUAUUCCCAGCUGCACAAAAGAGGUUAAAGGGACAGGACCCUGAGGUCAUCCUGAACCAUGCUGUCCAGCUAUCCCUGCAGCUUUCCCAGAGUUGCAUAGCUGCCAGGGACAGCUUGCGGACUGUUGCUACCCUACAGGAUAAGGUGGCUCGUCUGCAAAAGGACAAUUUGAGCCACCAAGCUAAGCUGGAGAGGGAGAAACAGUCCGGCUGGAUGCUGAGAGCAAGUUAGCUGCUGAGCAAAAAUUAAUGGAGAAAGAGAGGCUGGAAAAAGAUGAGAAGAUAGCUGAGGCGGAGAGGGAAAAUGCACGCCUGGCUGCAGCUGUAAGAGAAGCUGAGGAGAGGGCUUUGGACAUCCAAGCUGAAGCAAAAAUUAUCGAAACUGCGAAGCUAGCUUUCCUGAUUAAGUUCAAGAAGCUAGAUGACAAGGGUGUCAAUUUCUAUAUUGACAGAUUCCUCAAGCUGGAUUCUAUGACCGCCCUGGAAGCUUUAGCUACAGGUGGCAAAACAAAUGAUCGGAGAAGUCUACAGCUGAAUCCCCUCCUUCUCUCAACCAUCCAGAAGGUGUUGUUCUUGGUGACAAGGACAAGGUUGCUGGCGAUGACACCAGCGUGAUCUCUUAACUUCUUCAGUACUUUCAUCAGCUUUUCUUUUGGAACAAUUUAGUUUUAAUUAGCUUGGAUACUUUUACCAUUGCCUAUGGGGGCAAUGUGUUUUUGUAAGAACAUAUUUUCUUUCAGCAAUUUAAUCGUUUGAA